AUGGCAGCGCUCCGCCAUCCGCCCUGCACCGCGCUUGCUUCCCCCUGGCUGCGCCCUGACGCGCGCGCGCUGCUGCGCAGACCCGCCGGCGCGGGCGGGGCGGAACGACAUGCGCGCAACCCGUCACCGGUCCGCGGAGUGCGGGCCGAUUCUCGCCGCGCGGAGAGUGAGGCGCGCGGGAAUUGCGCGGACUUGGCGGAACAAGGGGGACUCGGCGUGACGAGACGAGCGCUCCUCUCGUCCGCCCUCCCCCUCUCCAUUGCACUGGUCGCGCCCCCUGCUCCCGCAGUCCCGGCCCUCGGCGAUCCCUCAGUCACCAUUGCUGACGUCACCCGUGACGUCACGCCAGCUGGCAAGCUGCCUGCUGCUGAGGAAGCAACAGUGGCUCUAUUUGAACGAACCACCUAUUCAGUGGUGAACAUAUUCGAUGUGACUCUGCGACCAAGCAUGAACACCACGGGGCAGGUGGAGGUGCCGGAGGGGAACGGGUCGGGCGUGGUGUGGAACAGCGACGGGUAUAUUGUUACAAAUUACCACGUCGUUGGGAGUGCACUCUCGCAAAACCCCCCUGCUGGAAGGACCAUCGCCAGAGUCACCCUGCUCGGGACAGACGGCUUUCAGCGCAAUCUGGAGGGAGUGCUGGUAGGGGCUGAUCGGACCAAGGACCUGGCAGUGCUCAAGGUCUCUGCCCCUCCCACCCUCCUCCGCCCGCUCCCUCUCGGCGACUCCUCCUCCCUGCGGGUGGGGCAGCAGUCCUAUGCCAUUGGCAACCCCUUUGGCUUCGACCACACGCUGACAGCGGGGGUGCUGAGUGGGGUGAAUCGCGAUAUCUACAGCGCAGCAGGCGUGGUGAUCGCAGGGGGCGUGCAGACAGACGCUACCAUCAACCCCGGCAACAGUGGCGGCCCUCUGCUUGACUCGGCUGGCAGGCUCAUCGGAAUCAACACCGCCAUUUACACCAACACCGGCACAUCUGCGGGAGUGGGCUUUGCCAUUCCUGUAUUGGUGGUGGCGCGCGUUGUUCCCCAGAUCAUCCAGUAUGGGAAGGUGAUUCGCCCCACGCUGAACGUACAGCUGGCAGCAGAUGGCAUUGCCAGGCAGCUGGGCGUGGCAGCAGGCGCACUGGUGCUGGGGGUGAAGCCUGGAUCGGCAGCGGCCAAGGCAGGGGUGACGGCCACCAGGAGGGGCUUUGCAGGCAACAUUGUGCUGGGGGAUGUGAUAGUGGCGAUUGAUCAAUACACUGUGAAAAUGGCUGCUGAUGUGGACAAGGCCUUGGAUGACCUAUCAGCGGGUCAAACUGUGUCGCUUCAGUUAUUGAGAAAUGCAUCAUGGGGUCCGUCCAACCACCCGCGCUUGCGCAGCAGGAAUGCGCGCACCGACAACGCAGCUGCGUCGAAGCUUCCUCGAAAUAGUAGGCAUUUCUUAAUACGCGCGUCGCAAUCGGGCGACGCGCAGACACCCGGUGAAAGAGCAUUGAAGGUCAUUAGGGAUGGUGCGGCAGUAAAGAGCGGAGCGGCCGCCGAUAAAUUCGGCGGAGGAAACGGCGGGGAUGCCGGUGGUAGCAGCGGCAACGCAGCGCAAUCGGCGCUGGAACGCGCAUUAGCGUAUAAGGCUAAGAGGCAGCAGCAGCAGCAGUCAGGAUCGAGCGCAAUCGCCGCAGCAACACCCGCCGACAGCAAUGCUACCGCUUCCGGCGGUAGUAACGCCUCAAGCAGCAGCAAUGGCGGCACCGCUGCUACUGCUGCUGCUGUUACUGGCAGUGAAUCCAGUGGUAACACAACAAGCAGCAUUGUUACCACCGGUAACCCUAUCACCAGCACCGUUAUGAGUGGUAACCCUACCAGCAGCGGCGUGCGAUCAUACGCGGAUCAGGUAGCGGAGAUGGCGGCGGCACUCGCGGCGCGCGAAGCAGAGAAGGGAAACGCGCAGCAGCAGCAGCAACAGGGGGACGAGGAGGGGAAAGCGAAGGCGAAGGGAAAGGAGAAGGAGGAGGACGAUAAGGAUAUUAUCGAGGUGGAGAUUGUAACGCGGGACGGAGUGAUUAAGCGGCGGACUAAGCGGUCCGAGAUGGAGUGGGGAGGAUCAACCGGCGCCAAGAUCGCCAAACCCGGCGGAAUCGGCGGCGGAAUCGGCGGCGGGAUUGGCGGCGGAAUUGGCGGCGGAAUGAUGGGGAAUCCCGGGGUGGCCGGGGCGCGCGCGCGUGGCGCGUCGACGCUGUCGAUUUCCGGCGCGGAUUUUCUCGGAUUAGGGUUUCAGGAGGAGCGGGAGAAGCAGCAGGCGCGCGGGAAGGGCCCGCUGCCAGCUGGACUGCAGGCUGACGUGGACUUCGACGCAGCCACGUCAGCAGGGAGUCUGCCGCAAGUGGAGAUGAUCGUCGGGUCGCGUGUGAUUACAAAGAGGGGGGAGCAUGGGGGUGGGCGCACCAUCAGGCCGGGGGAAGCACUGGAGACAGAGGAGGAGGAGAGGGAGAGAGAGGGUUACGGCGGUGGGCGCACCAUCAGGCCUGGGGAGGCGCUAGAGACAGAGGAGGAGAAGCGGGAGAGGGGGGAGAAGACACGACGGCCAGGGGAAGCACUGGAGACAGAGGAGGAGAAGAAGGAGAGUGAGGAGAAGACACGACGGCUACUAGACGAGUACAACCGAAGGAUGGGCUUUAAGAUGGACCCUGCUGUCAAGGCGGAGUGCGAGGAGGCCAUGCGGGAGGGAGCAACACUCAUGGAGAGGGGCAAGUUGAGGGAGGCGUUGGAGCAGUUCGGAGUGGUGGUGGCCAAAACCACCUUCCAGAACGAGAUGCACGGCAGAGCGGCCAUUCAGCAAGCCGUGUGCCUCGACUCCCUCGCCCGGUCGGACGAGGCCAAGGCCAUGUAUGAGCGGCUGACAGGGCAUCCCAACGAAGGGGUCAAGCGGAAGGCCCGUCAGAUGCUCUUUGGGUUCCAGGCAGCAGAGAACCUUCGCUUCACUGGUGGCUCAGACUACGACGCGUCGUGGUACAAGAAAUACUUUGAUGCAUUUGCAAAAGGUUCCAAGUAUAAUAAUGUCUACAAGGCAACGCAAGAGGAUGAGGAGGAGAGCAAUAAACAGCUGGUGCGAGAUGCGCUGCUGUAUGGGCUCCUGUUGCUCAUGCCUGUUGCGCUUAUUCUGGCAGCGGCGGCAACAAGGAAUGCGACCUGA